AAAUAUAGCAACCAUGACAACGAGUCUAAAAUCUGACCAGAAAAAAAGUAGAGAGAGCGAGAGAGGGAGAGAGAGAGAGAGAGAGAGGAUGUGUCUGGAGUUGACACUGACCCUCUGACGUCACCUUAUCAUUGUAGUAAACAGAUCAGUUAGGGUUGACUUCUUCGCUAGAGUCGGACUUUAUCUACCGUCAAUGACUUGAACUGUCUGUGGGAUUUCAACAACGAAGUCAACGGUGGGACAACAGGGUCAAAACAAAGAUGUAAAAUUGUCCUCGGUGUCCUGAUGCUUCCCGGGGACGAUGGCAGCUCCGCGGCACCGAUGUCUCUCUUUCCGCCGCCUGUUCCACCGAGGAGAAAAGCUCAGAAGCCGCGGGAAAGGGGAUCGAGCACAACCGGGAAAUCCAUGACAGGAGCCGCGGCGGUGGCGGAGGAGAGACGGGUGAAGUGCGUGUUGGUGGGGGACGGAGCUGUGGGGAAAACCAGCCUGGUGGUCAGCUACACCACCAACGGUUACCCCACAGAGUAUGUCCCGACCGCCUACGACAACUUCUCAGUGGUGGUGUCAGUGGAGGGGCUGCUGGUCAAACUACAACUCUGUGAUACAGCUGGGCAGGAGGAGUUCGACCGACUGCGCUCGCUGUGUUUCUCCAGUGUAGAUGUCUUCCUGCUGUGUUUUAGUGUCGUCAGUCCUGUCUCCUUCCAGAAUGUUCCCGAUAAGUGGGUCCCAGAAAUCCGCAGUCGUGCCCCAUUUGCUCCCAUUGUCCUCGUGGGGACUCAGUGUGACCUCCGAGGAGAUGUCAAGGUGAGCGAGUGUUGGACUGUGGUUUUAGACUGAGGUGUUGUUUAAUUUAGGAUGGAGACAUACUAUAAAUACAUCUGCUUGAAAGACGGGUAUUAAUUAGGGAGGUCCGAUAAUAUCGGCUGGCAAAAGUUUUUGGCUGUACU